AUCUAGGGGAAACUACAUUACCCAGAGGCUGCGCACUGUGCGUCCGAGGCGGGCGCUGGCCAAUGACGGCCCUGCGUAGGGGCGUUUCCUGCGGCGCACGUACGUGGGCGGGACUUCCGGUUUCUCUCAGCCGACGCCAUUUGCCUCCGCGGCUUGCUCUUGGCUGGCCUUUAGGUGCCGAGGACUGAGUCCGCGCGGCUGCCCCGGGCGUUCGUGGGGACGGAGCAGGGAACGGGGAUGGGACUCCCCUUUCAGCAGUGGAACGGGCCGUGACUUUGUAAUCGGGCGUGAGCCCUGGCCUCCCGCCGAGCCGUGGCCUCUGCGGCCCUCAGCACGCAUCCUUGGUCCCCGCCGUUCCCGAGGGCGGCGCCCGGCUCUAGGGCGCCUUUUUCUCGGAGGGCGGCGGUCCGUCGAGCUCGCCGGGCCAAGGCAGGGUGGAGAGGAGGGUCCGCAGGCCGGCGGGUGCCCGCUUCUCUCAGCGUGGCGGGACCGCAGGCGCCCAUCAUGGCGGCGGCGCCGUCCCACCCGACGCAGGUGUCUGUGACCUUCGAUGAUGUGGCCGUGACUUUUACCCAGGAGGAGUGGGGGCAGCUGGACCCGACUCAGAGGACCCUGUACCGGGAGGUGAUGCUGGAAAACUGCAGGCUUCUGGUGUCUCUGGGGUGUCCUGUUCCCAGACCUGAGCUGAUCUAUCACCUGGAGCAGGGCCAGGAGCUGUGGAUGGUGAAGAAAGACCUCUCUCAGAGCACCUGUGCAGACAAAGGAUACAGAUUAGAAGAGGGGCUGGAGGUGUUCCAAACACAAAGCUUCCGUGUCUUCAGCAACUCAUUACCUCCCAGAAUCGAUGUUUGGCAGCAUGUGCACGGAGUGUUACCAACCCCGGAAACUCACCAGAGCCUCGUUGACAAAGGAAAACCCAAGAUCACAGAACCUACUACUUGUGAGCCAGCCCUGUUUGAGGGAGCCUCUAUCCAGGAACUAACACAAGGAGGCUCAGGGGACUCCCAGUUAGGACAAACCAAGAAUGAGGAUGGGCCGAUGGAAAUACAAGAAGGACACUUUGGACCAGGGAUGGACCCCCAGAGGCAGAAGCUUCAUAAGAAAAUGAGUCAUGAACAUGGGCACUUAGGGAGAGCUGGAGGUGUGUGUUCAAGGACUGUAGAGGAGCCAGUCCUUCCAGGAGGUGCUGUCCAUGACCGUGACUCAUGUCGUUCAGGUAAAGAUCCCAUGAUUCAGGAAGAGGAAAGUAUCUUUAAAUGCAACGAAUGCGGGAAAGUUUUCAACAAGAAACACCUUCUUGCUGGACAUGAAAAGAUUCACUCUGGAGUAAAGCCCUAUGAAUGCACAGAGUGUGGGAAAACAUUUAUUAAGAGUACACACCUCCUCCAGCACCACAUGAUCCACACUGGGGAAAGGCCCUAUGAGUGCAUGGAGUGCGGGAAGGCCUUCAACCGCAAGUCCUACCUUACACAACACCAGCGGAUUCACAGUGGAGAGAAGCCUUACAAGUGCAGUGAAUGUGGAAAGGCCUUCACCCAUCGCUCCAAUUUUGUCUUACAUAAGAGGAGACACACCGGGGAAAAAUCCUUUGUAUGCAAAGAAUGCGGGCAAGUCUUCCGACAUAGGCCAGGAUUCCUUCGACAUCACAUCAUCCACAGUGGUGAGAAUCCGUAUGAGUGCUUUGAGUGUGGCAAGGUCUUCAAACACAAGUCAUACCUCAUGUGGCACCAGCAGACUCACACUGGGGAGAAGCCCUAUGAGUGCAGCGAAUGUGGGAAGGCCUUCUGUGAGAGCGCAGCUCUCAUCCACCACUAUGUCAUCCACACUGGGGAGAAGCCCUUUGAGUGCCUCGAAUGCGGGAAGGCCUUUAACCACAGGUCAUACCUCAAGAGACACCAGCGGAUUCACACUGGGGAGAAGCCUUUUGUGUGCACUGAAUGUGGAAGGGCCUUCACCCACUGCUCCACUUUUAUCUUGCAUAAAAGGGCCCACACUGGAGAGAAACCUUUUGAGUGCAAAGAAUGUGGGAAAGCCUUUAGCACUAGGAAAGACCUCAUCCGGCACUUCAGCAUCCACACUGGAGAGAAGCCCUUUGAGUGCACGGAGUGUGGGAAGGCCUUUAACCGCAGGUCAGGCCUCACCAGGCACCAGCGGAUUCACAGUGGAGAGAAGCCCUAUGAAUGCAUGGAGUGUGGCAAGUCCUUUUGUUGGAGCACAAACCUUAUUCGACAUGCCAUCAUCCACACCGGAGAGAAGCCUUAUAAGUGCAGUGAGUGUGGGAAGGCCUUCAGUCGCAGCUCAUCCCUCACUCAGCAUCAAAGGAUUCAUACUGGGAGAAACCCUGUCACUGUGACCGAUGUGGGAAGAACCUUCACCAGUGGGCAAACCUCAGUUACCCUCCGAGAACUCCUUUUGGGGAAAAAUUUUUUGAAUGUAAACACCGAGGAAAAUGUUUUGCAGGAGAAAACAUCUACUGUGACAUCUGAUUGUACAUACCAAAGAGAAACCCCACAAGUAUCUUCUCUGUGAGAAAACGUGUCACAGAUCAUCAGUAGUCGUCUAGGACUUCGAGUAUGCUGUUGAGUAGGAGUUGUAAGAGAGGACGUCCUUGACUUGAUAUUAGAAGGAAAACGACCACCUUUCCUGUGUCAGUCAUGGGAUACUGGGGAG